AUUCAGGACUCUGAAACUCGUUUCAGUCAGUCACGGACUGUCCGUUGUUCCCUCGUUGUUGGUUCACGCGUUGUUGAUCGCGAGCAGCAACUCACUGAGGAUAAAAACGUGGAUUUAUAUUUUUUUUCUUGAUCCGUAUUUUUUUCUUGGUCGUUUGAUCUUUUUGUUGAAGAAUUAGUGAGUGCGCAUAAAACGAACGAGUGUUUAUGGGUAUAUAUCUGUAUGGAAGAAUGCGGUAGGAUGCGUAUCCAGAAAAGAUGUUUCUUGCUGGGUCUCUGCCUCUUAGGCAGAGUCACCUUUUCCUUAUCAGCCGUUAUAAUACUGAAAUUACCACGUUGCCCGGAGAAUAUAUCGCAUCACAUAACGAAACUGCCACAAACAUUUCUUCGACGUUGUUUCCGAAAGCAUCAGUAUGUAUCCAUGAAAAUCGCACUUACUCAGUAGGUGAAAACAUUGUCCGCGACUGCGAAGAGAAGUGCAUAUGCUCUGAGAGUGGAAUUACGAAUUGUCAGCCGUUGUGUAUUUAUCCUUACGUUAAAGUGGGCAGAGAACUUAAGGAUCAUUUGUGUCAAGAAAAAUUAGUUGCUGAAGAACCGUGCGCCCUUAUUUUCUGUCCUGCAGGUUCAGGGAAAUUUGCAUUAGUAUAUAAAGUAGAUUAA